AUGCAGCAGAAGUUGAGACAAGAGAUUGAGUCCCAAAUCGGAGACCGAAUGCCAACACAUGAGGACAGGAAUCGAUGCCAUUAUGUCAUGGCUUUCAUCGCAGAGUCUCUUAGAUUCAGAAAUAUCGUACCCCAGGGUUUGCCCCAUAAAGCUAUGGUUAGGAGUACUAUCGGCAAUUAUACAAUUCCUGAGAAAAUGGGAAUUGUUGUAUACCAGGGAAUUAUAUGUCGUAAUGACAAGGAUUGGCAAAACGCAGAAAUAUUCAAACCCGAGAGGUUUUUGGACAGUGAGGGGCAGUAUUUGGUUACCAAACCAAAAGCCUAUAUACCCUUCGGUGUGGGCCGUCGGGUCUGUUUGGGUGAGAGGUUAGCCAUCGCUAACUUAUUUCUGGUUUUAGUGCGAUUACUUCAGUCCACACAAGACUAUGAGUUAGUCCUCGACAGCCAUAACGGCAUUGAAGUCGAUCCUAAUGUCGCCGAUUCUUAUUAUCCACCACUAGUUGUUGUGACGGACAUCGAGACGGCCAGAGAGGCCUUUCGGAAGAAUGACUUCGCCGGCAGAGAUAUGUCUAAUAUUGCUGGUCAAUUUUCAAAUGAUAAACAGUCGGAUGUAAUAUUUACCGAUUACGGGCACACGUGGGAGGCGUUGAGACGAGUGGCACAUUCGGCCGUACAACUAGUCUCUGUGGCCACCGAUUCAGUCGAUCGUACGGUUAAAACCAUGUUAGAGAGGGAAGGAGUCGGCAAUGCUUUUGAUCCCAAGAGUUAUAUCUACCUAAUGUUUCUCAACAUAUUAGCCACCAGUGCUUUUGGCAUUAGUUAUGAUUUUGAAGACAAAGAAUUUAAAUUUCUUAAAUAUGCACUGAAGGACUUCGGCAAAGAACUCGGCUCUCGAGCCUUCUUAUGGGAAUUCUCGUCAAUAAUUAGAUUUUUAGACCGAAAAAUGGUUCAGAAAAAUGAUAGACUCGUCAAUGAAUUUAUUGCGUUAAUUAAGGAUAAGUUUGUAAAACAUUACGAAGACUAUAACGAGUCAAUUGAGAGAGACUUUUGCGAUGCACUCAUCAGUGCUAAGAAUGACGCCCUCAGAGACGGCAAAGAGUCGGCCCCUUAUCUCACGGACGCCAACCUCGGGAUGACUGUAUUGGAUCUGUUCUUCGCCGGAGCCGAUACAUCUCAACAGACAUUUCAAUGGAUUUUACUUCUGAUGACAUACUAUCCGGAAAUGCAUCAAAAGUUGAGACAAGAGAUUGAAUCCCAAAUCGGAGACCGAAUGCCAACACAUGAGGACAGGAAUCGAUGCCAUUAUGUCAUGGCUUUCAUCGCAGAGUCUCUUAGAUUUCGAAAUAUCGUACCCCAGGGUUUGCCCCAUAAGGCUAUUGUCAGGAGUACUAUCGCAAGAUUCUAUCACUUACGGUCGCUACUGCCUCCCGGUCCAAACCCGUUGCCAAUAGUGGGCAAUAUUUUAUUAUUCCGACGCAAAGAUCAUUGGGAUGUAGUGUUCAGAGAACUGGCCAAACAAUACGGCCCGGUAUUCACCUUUUGGUUCUUCAAUAGACCACUAGUGGUCGUGACGGACAACGAGACGGCCAGAGAGGCGUACAGG